AUGCCGUCUCCUAAAGCUAAGACCCCGGGUCGCGGGAGCCCCGUGCUCGGCGGCAGCAAUGGCCGCUACGAGUUCAUGUCGCUGACGAAGCCGCUGUGCCGCUCCUCUCCGCCGCCGCCGCCGCUCCUCCUCCUCCAGCGGCAGGGCUCCGACCCCACCACCGCCCGGCUGCGGGUGUCGGAGAGCCCCACUCGGCGUCGUGGCUCCGGCUCGUCCUCCUCCACGGGCUCGGCCCCCCAGCCGCCGCCGGAGGAGGACGACGGGAUCCGGCUCAACCCGUCCUUCGUCCGGGUGGCGCUCAGCUCGCUCCUCGCCAUCGACCUGUGGAUGUCCAAGCGGCUCGGGGUGUGUGCGUGCGAGGACUCGUCGUGGGGCAGCGUGCGGCCGCUGAUGAAGCUGAUCGAGGUGUCCGGGCACGGGAUCCCCUGGCUGGCCGGCAGCGCAUACUGCCUGUACAAGAGCGACAGCGCGGCGGGGCAGGAGGUGAUGCUGAACCUGCUGCUGGGCCUGCUGUUGGACCUGAUCCUGGUCGGCAUCGUUAAGGCCGUGGUGCGUCGGCGUCGGCCAGCACACAACCGCAUGGACAUGUUCGCCACCUUCUCCGUGGACCGCUUCUCCUUCCCUUCAGGCCACGCCACCCGCGCCGCCAUGUGCGGGCGCUUCCUGCUGGCUCACCUGGUGCUGGCCGCCCCGCUGAGGGUCCUGGUCCUGCUGUGGGCCGGUCUGGUGGGGCUGAGCCGGGUGAUGCUGGGCAGGCACAACGUGACUGACGUGAUGUUCGGGUUCUGGAUGGGCUACUUCCAGUACAACCUGGUGGAGAUGUUGUGGCUCUCGGCUCAAACCCUGCAAGGGCUGAUGGGACAGUCGGCUUAAUGUUAAGGAUCGAAGGAGGACGAGACGCAGCCGUUUGAAUCUUGAUUGUUAGCGCACCUGCACAUCUUUUGUCUUUUAGACGAAUAUAUCAGAGAAAUUGUCUUCUUACUAGAGAAGAGAGCUCCAUCAAACACAGCUUCGUUCUGCUGUUAUCUGACACUCACAGGCACAUUGAGUUGGAUUGGUCGGUUGCGGUUUGUAAAUUGAAUUCAAAAUUGGCUCAACGAGGGUUACAGUGCUUGGAUUCACUCUAGUUUUUCCAACGAGCUUUGCCUGCUUGGUGUUUUAACCUCACUAUAUUUGCCGAGUACUCCAUUUCCAUAUCUUCUUCUCUUGGAUGCGUGUUCACGAUGUGACACGCAGUCGCUUGGAGGCAAACUUCUAGUGGGUCAUAAGUGGUGAUUGUAAGGGAUUAUAUUUGUACGAGUUUACACAUUCAUUGUGCUUUAACUUCAAAAGCCUUUCAGCCGUCAUGACUAGCCUGUCAGCUAUAAAUAUUACAGCACUUUGAUUCAGAAUAGAACCAGGAGAGACGGGUUCAUCCUGAUUCCUUCCUGAGGCUACUUCACUCCCUCUACUGGCCCGAUUCACAGGAAAUGUUUCUAAGGCAGUGCUUAUUUCAAAAGCCGUAUGGAUCUGUUUUAAGCAUGAUUUAUGCCUCAAAAUCUUCCCUUGGUGGGGUGAGUUUUUCUUCUAACCAUCCACAUCCAACAUGUUCUAACUACGCAGAAGCUGAUGCGCGGAGAACUUUGAGGAGUUUUAAGAAUGUCAUAUUUUCCGUGAGGAGAAAGCUGCACAGCGUUUUAAAGAUCCAACUGUUUCCUCCUCACGGUUCUACGUCAGCCAAGGCUUUAGAUAUACCCUAUACUUUCACACAACAGAGAAGAGAUUUAAUUAUUAACAUGAAUCUCUGUCUUUGGAAAAAAGAACGUCCAUAGCCCAUUUUUUUUCAUCAACCAAACUGUAUUCAUUUAAUGCAGAAGCAAGCAGCUGUAAGAAGUCAACAAAAUAUGAAAUACUGUGAUGUGAGAGUAAAGCCAAAUCAGUGGGAACGUAUCCGAUGCUGUUCUACCAACAAACCCGAUGAAAUUCCUUGUUUAGGGUCAAAGUGUCCCCCGAGGGCCGAGCCCACCUGUCCUCACCUGCCCUCUUUCUUCAGGACACUUUCUUAGAGCUGAUCCUGAUGCAUGAUUUACCCCCAAAGCAGUUUACAGUUCAUGCUCCCGUUUACCUCCAGACCUAUACGCUCCAUAUUCAGUCACAGAGACUAAAUGUACAUUACAUGGUUGGGUCUCUACGUUGAGGGGAAGACAGGCAAGUGAGAAAAAUAAAUGUUGUGAUCCAUUUUUUAAGUAUGAUCUAAAUAGUUUUCUGUUUAUGACUUAAGAACAGGAAAAAAUAAUGUUAUUUGCCAGGAUAAUGUUUUUUAAGUUCUUUAAAAAAAACAUUUAUCUGAAAAAAAAAUAAGUUUUUCAGUGUUUGUUGUUGUAAUGCUCAUUUCGGCCACAAGAGGAAGUGAACCACUAUCCCAUGUUGGAAAUAGGACUAAAAGCGUUUUAAACUGCAGAUUAGCACCAUUUAAAAAUACAUUUAUGAGCAAAAGGAAUUUUCUAACAAACAAUGAAUGUCCCUUGUGUUUAGAGUGCAUGGAGAAAUCCAAACUCGCCUGGAAUAAACAUGAAUUUGUUUAAUCCAGUUUAGAACACAGGGUAGUGGUGCACUUUAGCCCCAUGUGGCCAACAUUUGUAUUACAACAAAUGAACCUACCAAAACUUUUUCUUCUCUGUUUCACAGAUGGAAAAAAAUGUAAGUAACUGCCCAUUACCCUUGCAAAACCUUUUCUUCACCUGCUUUUCAGUCGUAAAACACAGCACAGAAAACAGACUUAGAAAGUGGAUCACCAGAAUUAUUUUUUACUUGCCUCUCAGGGCUUCCGUACUUUUCAGUCACAUUACAAAACUAAGCCUUUAAUGACACUACAUUUGCUGUCAAUCUAAAUUAUUUCAAAAUAGGUUUGAAAUAUUUUUUGGCAGCUUUAUAUCAUAGAUGUAUAGUUAAGGUCAUGACCCCUCCUAUUCAGUUCCAAUCCAAGCAGAUUUGGAAGUACUGAGACGUUCUACCUUUUUAAAGGUUUUUUUAAUUUACAUCAACAGUUAUGAAUCCAUUGAUUAACUCUUAUUGGCUCUUACAGUCAGAUGAAGAUAUAUGGAUAAGGGGCACUUUAAAAUAAUACCAUAUGGAUCCAUGUGGGUUGUUUUCUAUCACCUGAGAGCUUGUUUAAAUUCUACACUGUGAAAACACAACUGAAGACACCGUCUUUGCACGUACUGUAAUAGUUCUAGUCUCUCAGACUACGAUAGACUACGUUUAUUCAUUUAGUUCUACAUUUUUGAACGAAGUUUUACCAGAAAGCGUCACUUAGCACGUCAUUACCCAUCGGCGCCAGACACACCGUCAUAUCUGACUUUAGUGAAAAUCUUUGUGAAUGUAAAGAACAUUCUCACCAUAUAGUUUACGUGAUAUCACAUGGCUCUGUGGGUUGAUUUUUUUUUUUUUUUUUUUCCCCUGACUUUAAAUCUUUAAAUGUUUCAAAAUUGUCCACAAAUUCUCAGUUAAAGAUUCAGAAAGGCAAUAAAUCUGUAAAGGAAAUAACAGCCAAGUUUUGCAGAACUUGACCCACAGUUAAUAUUUGAUGAUGAAGUGAGCCUUUGACUGAACUGGUCAAGAUGUUCCAACGCUGAUGAGGGACCGUUGCGUAAGCUCUUUGUCGGCACAGCAUGUAGAAUGUGUGUGGUAAACUGAUAUGUGCCCUUAAAAGUGAAGAGUUAAUCUGACUCUUUUGGGCAGAUACGUCAUUUAUCCCAUUAUAUUUUUGUUUAUUUGCAACGAAACAUGAAAAUUAGCUCACAUACACGUCAUAAAUCCUGUCUUAAUUGUCAGAUGUCAUAAAUUGCUCUGUUGGUUGGUGUUGACACAACCUCUCUGUCCGCACAUUAUUUAAUAUUUUGCACAACAGCUGGUUCGGUUUGCUCGCUGUGAACUCGCAUCUUGGCACUGCCAGAAACCAGAACAAGUGCACCCUAGUUUAUGUUUGUUGGUGGUUAUAAUUUGUCUAUUGAGUAAGACUACGAUGAGACAUGUGGACCUAUGCUUUCUCUGUAAAUGUAUGAGCUAUUGUUGAACCGUUUUUCUUAAGAAUGAACGUCAUUUAACAGCCUCUUGCCCCAUUCCAGACUCAUUGGCGCUACAUACUGCGCUCUCUCUCUCUCUCUGCAAUAAAUCAAUAAAUGACUCAUGAUCUUCCCAGUGCGGGUCAUAAGAGGACAGGCCAUUGAGGUGGUGGUAGCUUCCAUUUUAUUUAAUACAUUUUUUUUUAUUAGCCUUCUGUCAAAAUCUUAAUAUGCUGGACAGUGAACUUUGUGACCAAAUUAUAAUUUUUGUUAUGAUUGAUUUUUGUUGUUGUUUUACAUGUUGACAUUCAUAUAGUUGCAGAAGAAAGUUUGCAGAAGUUUGGCAUCAUUUUAAGAAUUAUCAAAAAAAAAGAAAGAGAUUCAGCACAUUCCACGAGUCACCUGUUUACUUCACCUCGUUUGUUAAUUCAUCGAUCAAAGAUUGUCAGCAAAAGUCACAUCUGUUCUUGCACAUUCUCAAACAUGAAGCCAGCUGCAAUAUAUAUAUAUAUUUCACUGCAAUCAGUUUUGCCUGCGAUAUGCUAUAAAUGCUAUUGUGUGUUUCCUUUCUAGACCUUAUUCUUAAUAUAUAUGUAAAUAUGCCUGUAUGGUCAUGUGAUUACACUGUGAUAAUUAAUGUUCAGUAGAUUUGAAUGUGCUGCUCAAUAUUCCCUGAGGGGGUUUUGUUUUUGAAUGAUUUGAUUGUAAUGAUUUUUCAUUAAAUUGGGGAACGAAUCUGAAAAGC